UCCACAGCUUCCCGAAAUGCUUCACUGCUGCGUUAUGGCGGCGCCCGGUGAGGGGGACCCGGCUUCGCGACGUCCGCAGUUCGGAAAUCGGUUCUUAACCGACCCGAGCCGAGUCUUCCUGCACAGCGCGUGGGAUAAUGUGGAGUGGAGUGAAGAACAAGAGGCAACAGCCAGGAAGAAGGUUGAAGAAAACUGCGCUGAAGUUGUGUCUUCAGAAAAAGGAGCGGAGUAUGAAAACAGAGCUAAUGACUACUGGAAUGACUUCUACAAAGUCCACGAGAACAGAUUUUUCAAAGACCGUCACUGGCUCUUUACAGAAUUUCCAGAGCUGGUUUCGAAUUCAAAAUCUUACCUGCUGAAUCAAUCCAGAACCACAACAGUGUCAAACGAUCAUUGCCACACUGGCUCCAAGAACUGCCUUGAUGGGCACUUUGAGAAUGUUCAUCACUCUCCCAAGCAAUGUGCAGGAGAGUCAGUGACUUGUACGCAAGAGCAGGAAAAUUUUCAGGUUGAUAAUCUUGAUUCAAAUGAUGGUGAAAGCACUAAUAGACUUGUGGAUGAAACUUCAGGAAAUACAACACAGGCACUGACAAAUAUGAGUAAGAAUCAAUUGUCUGAUACCAGCUGCACAGAAACUUCAACAACAUUCCAUAUACUCGAGGUUGGCUGUGGAGUUGGAAAUACUGUGUUCCCCAUUCUACAAACCAACAAUGACCCAGGGUUGUUUGUGUAUUGCUGUGACUUUUCCUCGACUGCUGUGGAACUUGUGAAGUCGAACUCUAGUUAUGACAGCUCUCGAUGCUUUGCAUUUGUCCAUGAUCUGUGUGAUACAGAGGCCAGCUAUCCAAUGCGAGACCAAAGCCUGGACAUCAUUAUCCUCAUAUUUGUACUCUCAGCAAUACAUCCAUUUAAAAUGCAAGCCGUUAUUAAGAGACUGAGUCAACUCCUAAAACCAGGAGGAAUGAUUCUCUUCAGGGACUAUGGGCGAUAUGACAUGGCACAGCUUCGAUUUAAGAAAGGUCGCUGCCUUUCUGAAAAUUUCUAUGUUCGAGGAGAUGGAACAAGAGUUUAUUUUUUCACAUCAGGAGAACUGGAUGAAAUCUUCACAUCUGCUGGUCUAAAGAAAGUGCAGAACCUGGUGGAUCGCCGUUUACAGGUCAACCGGGGGAAGCAGCUGACCAUGUAUCGGGUCUGGAUCCAAUGCAAGUAUCGGAAACCCUUCCCAGGAGAAGAAAGAUUCCCGCACUGAACCGAAUUUGGAUCUUGACCGGUCACUAUGGUUGAUGCAGAUGUGAGAUGAACCUCCUACUCCACCUCUAAUGCCUCAAAGCACUGUAGUGUGGUCAGUGUAUAUUCAGUACCCUGGAGGUUGCAGUAAUCAUUUUCACACUUGGAUGUUUUGUUUUAAUACUCUAUAAAACCUACAGACCAGACUUUCUCUCCUCUCCUCCAUCUUCUCUCGGCCAUUAAGACUUGUUCACUCUCACUUCCCAAUACCAACUCUUUCUUCCCCCACCCCCAAAUGGAACAGGGACUAUGUAAGUUCAGCUCCUCAAGUCUGGUCUGCCAUUCAAUUAGAUCCUUGAUUUUUUUUUUUAAUUUUAUUUACCAAUUCAACACUGAGUAGGCCCUUUGCGCUGCACUGUCCAGCAAUCCUCAGCCAACCCAAUUUAACCCUAAUCCAAUCACGAGAUAACUUACAAUGACUAAUUAACCUACCCAGCGCAUCUUUGGACUGUGGGAGGAAACCAGAGCACCCAGAGAAAACUCAGCCAUUCUGCGGGGCUUUGCAUGGUUUUGGGGUUUUGUACAGAGUCUACUAACAGAGGACGCCCGGAUUGAACUCUGAAAAUUCCAGUUAUCCCUGUAUCCUAAAAUUUCUGGAGCAGAGAGAUCCUGAGUGAAGAAAUGCUUUCACUCCUCAAUAGGUUGCCCUUAAUUUUAAAGUUGUUUCCAUUUAUUUUUAAUUACACCCAGCAGUGUGAAAGGAGUUAUGUGAAUCAACCUUAUAUCGUGUUGGAUAUUUGGAUGCAAUCACGCCUCAGGCUUGUAUUCAGGAAUAGGAGCCAAGUACUGUAUGUUGAGCCUAAGGCUACAUCCACACUACGCCGGAUAAUUUUGAAAACGAAGCUUUUUCUCUUCGUUUUGACCCUCUGUCCACACUAAAGCGGCGUUUUCAUCCCCCGAAAAUGGAGAUUUUCAGAAAUGGUCUCCAGAGUGAAUAAAUCUGAAAACGCCCAAUAUCCGUUGUAGUGUGUACGGGGUAACCGGAGAGAUUUAAAAACGCUGUCAUGACAACACCACAACAGUGCUUUCUCUGCGUCUGCUUGGAACUGCGCAAGCACUGCCAGACAGCUGUUAUAACGCACAGUCGGUGUGAACAGCGUGAAAGUUAAAUUGUAAAGUGAGCUUCUUUGACUAUUUUAAAAAUGUUUUAUACAUUUAACAAGGUGCUUUAUUAAUGCAAGAGAGUUAGUCAGUUUUUCAAUGUUCGUCUUCAGCUGGGUCAUACUGUCCGUGAACUCCCUGUCGGUUGGCUCCAUACGCUCCAGUAUUUGUUUUUUUUUAGUUUUAAGUUCUCCUGCGCGAGAGCCAAGAGCAAUUCCUUUAAAGUUUUUCUACUCUGUAACUGGACAAACGCGCACUAAGUAUAUCGUUUCCUCUUCGCUUGUUUUCUGUGUGUCCAGCGCGUGCCCAGUAGGGGAGAUUCGCCCAAAUAUCCACCUAAUGUGGACAGAGAUAUUUUGAAAAAUGGUUAGUGUGGACACCUAUUGUUUUUACUCGAAACCGGCGUUUUCAAAAUUAUCCGGCGUAGUGUGGACGUAGCCUAAUUCUCUACCCACUGGUACCUAAUUCCAUAUGUUAAACGUCAUUCACAAUGUUAUCUGCUGCUAAUAGAUGGAUAUUAGCAGCGGUCUCCCUUCACUAUAGAAGUGUUGAUUGGUGGGGCUUUGAUAACAAGAAUUAUGUUGCCUACUUGCACGUGUCCCACCAAUCAGUUUCAGAGGCUCUGGGACCAGUUCACUUCACUACUCAUGUAAUGCCCUAGUUAAGAUUUGGUACUGCUAUGCUAUAGGUAUUUCAUUUUAGCAGUCCUGUAAAGCAGUGUGUUCUGCUUUAGAAUGUUUUGGUUUUGUCUAAAAGAUAAGGGGCUAUGAUGUUCAACUUAGGAAUGUUGUGUCAGCCAAUCAGGAUGGUGGAAUUGGGAGAAGGUUCCAGAGUGAGAUGUGACGGAUAGUGUGGUUUGCGUGGUCUUUUUGGCGGGAGCUGCAGAGAGGACAGAAGGGAAGAUGGCUGAGGAUGCGACAGGAAGGGGCAUCCCUAUUGCAUGUAGUGCUUUGUCCAGAUGAAUGGCCAAUAUUCCCGAUGAGAAUGCCUGUUUGCUCGAGAUGGAUUUCGAGCAACAUUCGGAAUGUGGUGUGUACUUUCACACAGACCGUGGGUGCAGCACAUAAGGAAAAAGACAACUUCAAGAUGAGCUCCAACAUUAUGUGCACAUUUGGUCUGGGUUAACUGAAAUGGGCCCUUCUUAUUUUUUCCUUUUCUCUUUCCUACUAACUGUUUGAUAAAGCUGAAAUUUAUAAAAAAAAUACUUCCUUUAUAAUUUUAUGUUGUGUACGAUCUAAUAUUUCUUGCCGACCGACAAUUGUGUACAGGUAGUAUUUACACAGCAUUCACUCAAAUUGAGGUUUCUUUAAUCUGAACAUCAUAAUGUACCUGUUUGGUUGAAGCCCAAAUCAUGCUGGCCCUCGACACGUAUUGUUUAUGAAAGGUGGUUUUCUCACCACUGAGUUCUGUGGCUGUUAGCAAAGCCGGCUAAAGAGACAAGUUUGCAUACAAACUUGGGUGAGGGGGUUACACUAUAGGGACUAUCAUCUGGCGAUUCGCUGACUGCUGCAUGACUCCUGUUUUAGAAUUGAUAAAGCAGUUUGUGUGUCUAAGCCUGUGUUUAAACUAGUGUCAGGGAAAGUGACUAAGAUACUUUAUUAUGGACCUCACAGAAAUUAAGGAUUGGUGCGAUUCAAAGAGAUUAUCGGCAAAUAAUGCUUGUGUUUUGAGCAGGGUAGACGUCUGAAUUCCCGAUGAAUGGUGACUCAGAGGGCUGAGUUCUGUAAAAGCUUUGGGGAAAGUUACGCUGAUUGAUUUGCGGGGAAGUCGGAGCGCCAAAGUAAAAUUAAAAGAUGCCCAUUUUUAGAUUUGGUUAAUAACUGGGCUGUGAAAUUGAAACUGACUGAGGAAGACAUAGUUGACCAAAUUUGCUUGCCACCCAUCCCUUUUUGGCUCUUUCCAGAACCAGAAGUAGACCUAUUCCUCCUUUUUCAGCUUAAAGGAAGCAGUGCAAUUUCAUCGGCGUUAAUCACAAAUGAAUAUUUAAAUAAUAAAUGGGGAUCUUAUCUGAAGAUUUUUACUGAUGGCUCAGUGGACCCAGAGAGCAGUAGGGCAGGAUUUGGGAUGUAUGUGUCUCAACUUGGAGUUAAGAUUGGUCACCGGGUUUCAGAUGGUGUUUCUGUCUUUGCAACAGAAUUAUUAGUAAUCCUCUGGGCCUUACGGUGGAUAGAAGACUCAACCACGUAGGGUUAUCAUCUGUUCGGAUUUUGCUUCUGCCUUGGAGUCUAUAAAAGGGAGUAAAUCAAAAGCUCGUCCUGACAUAGUUAUUGAGAUUCUCUUAGUGUUGUUUAGAGUAGGGAAGAUGGGUUGUGCAGUUAGAUUUUCAUGGAUACCUGGGCAUGCUGGGAUGGAGGGAAAUGAAAUCGUGGUUGGCAUUGCAAAGUCUUCCUUACAGAGCAGGCAAGUAGAAAUUAGAGUUUCCCUAGGCAGAGCAGAAUUGAGAAGUAGGGUUAAAAAAGGUAUAGAGAAGAAGUGGCAGGAGGAUUGGAAAAAUGAAUUAAGGGGCAGGCAUUAUUUUUCUAGUCACCCACUAGUUAAAAAGGUCUCAGCCUGUUACCUUUUAAGUCGUAGAGAUAUGGUGAAACUUGCAAGACUUGGGUUGGGGCAUUGUGGGCUAAACUAUUAUUUAAAGAUAAUAGGAAAACAUCCUACUGGAUUAUGUGACUGUGGUAGUCCAGAGACAGUCCAGCAUGUUUUGCUGAGUUGUGAUCAAUAUAAAAUUGAAAGAAGCAUGUUGUUCAAGAGGCUAUCUGGCUUAAAUUUAUUUUGGUUUUCUAUUAAAUCUUUGUUUGGCCAUCAAGAGAAUCAACAUCUGAUUGAAGAGUCUGUUAUUCAGUUUAUACGUGAGACUAGGUUGUAUCCGAGAAUUUGAGUUCCUUGAAGUUCUAUAAUUAGUUAUACAUCCUGCAGAGGGCUGUAAUACGCCUAGAUGCGUCUAAACAGCUGGAAAUAGAAGAAGAAGAAGAAAAAGAUUAUUUUGACCAGUCAGCUCAUAAGGAUGUAAUGUUAGUCCGGACCAGCAGUGACAUGACUGAAGUCGUGCUGCCUGAUAGGUUGGGAGACCCUGGAGAGGCAGGGGCAUGGACAGUCUGUAUCUUUAGAGAAGGGGACAUGUAGCUGAGGGUGAAGACUUUAAAAACAAGUUGUUCUCGUUUCUGCAAAGUGAGGGAAAAGAGUUGUCUGAUGUGAAAGGUCUAAUGGGUCCUUCAGUGGUUGAUUUAAAUUCUGAGCCGGUUUUGACCAUUACAUCACUGGUUGAUAAAUGCAGAAGUGUACCUGCGGAGAGCCAAAGUUAUCGUAGGGUGGGAGUGCUCUCUGUGGUCAAGCCCACACCCGAUGGAGAAGAGGAAUAUGGGGCUUGGGCUGACCAGACAUCUCAGAUACUGGAUGAAUGGCCGUGCUCAGAUAAUAUGAUUAAAAACAGAGACUGGGAGAGAGCUUAAAGGGUCUGACGGCUGAUGUAGUGAGGUUCCUCAAGGCAGAGAACCAAUUAGUCACGUCAGCUAAUUACUGUCAAGCUCUGGAAGAUGCCUUUGGCACUGCUGAAACCGCAGCCGAUCUGAUGAUGAAGUUUAGUCACACAUUCCAGGAGGAAGGAGAGAAGCUGUCUGCCUACCUUUUCAGGUUGGAGAAACCGCUGCAUCACUUGUGUCACAACAGGGGCAUCCAACCGUCUGAGGGAAAUUGCCUGAGGGUGGAACAAGUUGUGAAGGGCGUGCUGUCACACGAUGUGAUUGCACUACAUAUUUGAAUGACCCACAAGAUACACCCUGCUCCAUCUUUUACUGAGUUACUCAGAGAAGUUAGAGAGGAGGAAAACAUGAUUGAGAAGUGGAACAUUUCCAAAAGUCAGGUAGUGUCUCCAGCUGUAGCCGUUGCUGCUAGAGAGACCUCUGAUGCCACAGAGAUACAGCUUUCGAGGAGUGAGGUGGAAAUCCUUCAUGCUGAGCUCACUCGAUGGAUGUCUGCUCAUGUCUCAGCUGAAUGUGAAACCUGACCCACCUGUAGGACUUAGGACAAAGAGGAAUGCUGCUGAGAAGGGUCCCUUGACGAGAGAGGUGAUGGGUAUUUUCUGUUACAACUGUGGAGAAGACAGACAUUUCAAGUGAGACUGUGAGGGACAGGAAAAUGUUCGGAGAGUACAUCAGCGGGUGAUUAAACAGAGAAGAAAAGGGACAAAACUACGGAGGGACCCAGUAAAGGAAUGGGCUGGCGUUUCGGAGAGGAUACAUUUCAAUCGGUGUAUCAAGGGAAACAGUAAAGUGCAAAACCCUAUUCCUGAAGGUUUAGUGGGACCAAGCUCUGAUGUAUCCAUAUGGAUUAAAGGUGUUUAUGCUAGAGCCAUACUUGACACAGGUUCUCAAGUUACUUUGCUUUAUCAAUCCUCUUACAACCGGCAGUUGAACAUUUACCAUUGGCACCACUCAGUGCCAUUGAGAUUCAGGGACUUCGUACUGAUGAGUACCCAGACAAUGGUUAUUUGUCCUUGAAACAAGCGCAAGUGUUGUAGUAGCUGAGACUAUUGACACGCCCAUGUUGGUCUGCUCAGAACUGGUCAGAAAGGAUGGAGCUUCCAUUCUUGUGGGAACAAAUACUUCCGUUGUGAGAAGGCUCGUGGGAGCAUGCAAGGAGAGGAAUGGGGAGAGAGCUAUUUGAAACCUUGUCUGUUCACCCUGUGUUCAGAGCUGCUUUUGAGAAGGUGCAAGUUGCUCCUAAGCAGGAUGAUGAGCAGAAACGAGGAACUAUAUGGUACACCAGUCUAAACCUGUCAUGUUGUGUCCUAGAGGAGUAGCUAGAGUGACAGGAACCCCAAAUUUUGCCGGAAUGCCCAACAUCUUGGCCAUCCAGGUGGAUGCUCCUGAUGAUCAGGAAGAAGAGUCACAUUUACCUGAAACAGUACUGCUGAUGAGACCUAAACAGCAGAAAGCUUCAGCUGUCUAUGCAAACAGGAUGACAGUGAUUGUCAGGAACACCUCAGGAAUAGAGGUUACCCUCACACGUGUGGUGCCAAUCGCCCCUCUUCUUCCUAGUGUCUAGAUUUCCUGGGGAAACAGGAGAGAAGAUGUUGGAACACAAAGCUGCUUUUUCUACUGACGAGUCUGAUAUUGGUUCUCCAAAAGUACUUGCCACACUAUUAGAGGGACCGAACACGUCCCUUUCCGAGAGAGGCCUCACCAGUUAGCACCAGCGGAGGUUGAAGAUGUUCAGCAGCACCUGCUUAAACUGAAGGAAGUUAUGUUCAGUCAUGGAGCAGGGGGAUCUGAGCCGUCGGAUGACACAAGUGAUAGACAAGGGGAGGCACCCUCUAGUAGACAGGAGGGGUCACAAGGAGUGGUUGAAGCUGAAGAUGAGAUAAGGAGAUCUCAGAGAGUCAGGGCUGACAGAGGAUGCACCUGGGAAACAGUGUGUUAUGUCCAUUCCCAUGGGGAGAUAUGCUACUUCCAUUUACAAAUGGAUUUGGUCCUGAAAUCGCAAAAUUCGUUUGAAUACUGUGUUGUUAGCAAUGGUUUAAUAAGUUCCAAAAGCAUGAGGACAUGACUGGUUUUGGUUGUGGGGAGAGUGUAAUGCCCUGGCCAAGAUUUUUUACUGCUAUGCUGCAGGUUCUGUAAAAACAGUGUGUUCUGCUUUUACAAACGCAAACACGAGGAAAUCUGCAGAUGCUGGAAUUUCAAGCAAAACACAUCAAAGUUGCGGGUGAAUGCAGCAGGCCAGGCAGCAUCUCUAGGAAGAGGUACAGUCGACGUUUCGGGCCGAGACCCUUCAGGACUAACUGAAAGGAGAGCUAGUAAGAGAUUUGAGAGGGGGAGGGGGAGAUCCAAAAUGAUAGGAGAGGACAGGAGGGGGAGGGAUGGA